AUGCCGUCUAAUUUGAUAUUUUUGUUUAGAGGUGCAGAUGAUGAAUUACAUGAGCCACCGCGUCAAACACAGGAGCACGAGAUUCAACCAAUAUUAAUCAUCAAUGCACCACUACAAGCAGUGAAUUCCUGUAUUUCUUCUGAUUCGCUACAAUCGCCCUCAAAAAUUCAGGUUCCAGACAUUGUUCUUCUGGAAGCAGAAAAAAUUCCAAAAGCAAUUUUAGCAACCGGUCUUCCGCAAACUAUUACAGAUGCACCGCCAGCAUAUUCUGAUGUUGUAAAGUCGAUCUGCAUUUGA